AUGGCGGAGGAGGAGCUGGAGGCUCUGCGGAAGCAGAGGCUGGCGGAGCUGCAGGCCAAGCACAGGGAUCCUGGAGAUGCAGCACAACAGGAAGCCAAGCACAGAGAAGCAGAAAUGAGAAACAGUAUCUUAGCUCAAGUUCGGGACCAGUCAGCCCAGGCCCGGUUAAGUAACUUAGCACUUGUAAAGCCCGAAAAAACUAAAGGAGUAGAGAAUUACCUUAUACAGAUGGCAAGAUAUGGACAACUAAAUGGGAAGGUAACAGAACAAGGUUUAAUAGAAAUCCUUGAAAAAGUAAGCCAACAAACAGAAAAGAAAACCACAGUUAAAUUCAACAGAAGAAAAGUAAUGGACUCUGAUGAAGAUGACGAUUAUUGA